AUGGGAGGCCAACCCAUGUUUCUAUAUAACCCCUUUGUCAUUCUCUACCUGGGUUUCACCAAUGCCCCAACCCUAACGGAUCCCGCCUCACCUGAACCUAACGGUUUCUUGGUUUUGCCUCAAAAUCUCAGCCGUCCCAAAUUGUUGCUAGGGACUGGAAUGGAUACGCAGGAUACAUCUCCUUCAGUGUUGCUACUCUUUGACAAGCAAAGAUUAAUGCUGGAGAGGGAUUGCAACGGUUCUGCACAGAGCAUAAGAUUAAGUUAUCAAAGGUAUAAGAUAUCUGAGAUCCUUACCCAUUAG